AUGGUAUUAUGAUGAGUAAUUUUGUAUGUUAUUACUUUUAUUCAAUUUUUUCUGGAUAGUAAUAAUAGUUGAAUAAUUAGAAAGCCGAAUCCCAUCCCACUGCCCACUCCACCUCCAUAUAAAUUGAGACGCAUCGCAUCAAAGUAAGUGUUAUUUUCUAGCAUGAAUUCCUCUUUAGAUUCUUUCUUUUCUCCCUCUCCGUCGCCCCACACAAAUAAUAAUAUCAAACCCUAAAAACAUAAAUUCUGUCCAAAAGAUCUCAUCCAAAAAGUAAACAAUUUUUUUCAUUUUCCUCAUCGAUUUCUUUUUUUCCUUUCUGGGUUGAAAUUAAUUUAUGGAAGGAGCGUGCUGCACAGCUUCGUCGACGUCGUCGUCGGAAAUUUCUAAGCGGAAGCACCGGAAGCAAGACAAACCCUACAGAGGCAUACGGAUGCGGAAGUGGGGGAAGUGGGUGGCGGAGAUACGAGAACCGAACAAGCGCUCCAGAAUCUGGCUCGGCUCCUACUCCUCGCCCGUUGCGGCGGCGCGUGCCUACGACACCGCCCUCUUCUACCUCCGCGGCCCCACCGCCCGCCUCAACUUCCCCGAGUACAUCGUCAAGGACGUCGUCGACGAGCCCAGCGACCUGUCCGCCGCCGCCAUCAGGAAGAAGGCCACGGAGGUCGGCGCCAGGGUCGACGCGCUGCAGAGCGCCGGCGGUCAUGCGCGCUCCACACCGGGCCGGGCCUUCGAGAAGCCCGAUUUGAAUGAGUACCCCAGCCCGGAGAGUUCGGAGGACAAUUGAACUAGUCUGAUAUGGUUUGUGGUAUCAGAAGUUUUUUUUCUUUCUUUCUUUUAAUUUUUUUUUUUUUUUUUUUAGAAGUUUUCUUUUCUUUGUAAUUUUCGCCGGAAAAAUUAACUGUAUUUUCGCCGGAACGAUUAGGGUUGUAACUUUGAUUUUGGGUUUUAUAUAAAAGAAAAGAUUAUAGAGAUUAAUUUA